UCGCAAUUUGCUUCGCAAUCUUUUCUAAAGGAACAAAUUUUCCUAUUGGACAGGAAGUAAAAGCUAAAUUGUCUCUAUAGUGUAGUGUUUGAUCAUCGCAGUCUUGCUUCCGGGAAGGAGCGGUACGCCACGGUACGCCGAGGAACGCCAAGUAGCGACUCUUCGAAAAUGACAGCGGUUGCGAUGAUUUCGCCGGCGUCACAGGGCAUUAUCCAGGUGGUGAACGAGAGUAAUCUGAGUAAAAUUGAGAGCUUCCUCAACGACACUGCUUACAGAGAAGCCAUUGAGAACUCUUCCAAUUACAAUAGUCGAUUGUGUCGGGAACGACGUCUUCGUAUGCCUUUCCUCGACUCGCAGACAGGUGUUGCACAGAAUCAUUCUGCGCUUUUCAUGUCCUCGAGAGAAAGAUUGCCAGGUUUAUUGCACGGUCAAAUUUACACCUAUCCGAGUAAACGGUGGCGUAAAAAACGACGCCAAUAUUUAAUGCACUAUUUACACCCGAAACGAGGACCAAGAGGCGAUACGGAGGAUGGAGUAGAAGGUGUUGAGACUGUUACCCAUGUAAAUGACGAUAGUAAAGAUUCAGUCGCGCUUAAAGACGAACACAGUAAAGAUGCUUGGUACUACGAUGAGCAAGAUAUGUUGGAUAUGGAUGCAUAUGAAGAACCUGAUCCUGACAGCGAUUACGAUUACGAGGAGAGCUAUAGCAGUAAGAGGAAACGAAGGAAAACUCGCGGAGGUGGCCAUCAUCCUGCUCGUAGUCAUCCACCUUCCACAGAUAGCCCUGGAGGUAAACGCACAAAGGGUGGGGGCCGCGGACGCAAAAAGACCAACUACGACUCUGUUGACUCUGAUAAGCCAUUCGUUUGUGACCUAUGCAGCGCACGGUAUAAGACCAGACCCGGUCUGGUCUACCAUUACGGUCAUUCCCACUCUACUUCCUCCGGUGAUCCUGCUAAGGAACUAAGUCCCAGUCCUGCCGAAGUUGAACCUAGGAGUGUUGCAGACACCGCUGCUUCGAACCAGCCAGGUGGUACGCGUCGGGGUCGUCAGAACGCUACUUCCUCGAGUACCUCGAGUCCCUCUCCGGCGACACCGGCCGCCCUUGGUACGGGGGCUGCGGCGCAACCACAGCAGCCACAGCAACUGCCUCCGGUGCAGACGCCCGUUGCUCCAGCGUCGCCCACUGUUCCAGCGCCUAAGGAAGAUCAUUUGCCGGCUGCUUCUUCGCCUGGCACAGCCGUACCGUCGCCGUCGUCCGUCCGCGCGACGGAAACCACGGGAGGCGGUGCGACAGGAGCAGCGACAACAGCGGCAACGCCAGCAGGAGCCGGAGGGACAUCGGCAAGUGGAGGAACGGGAGGAGGGGGAGGGGGAGCAGGUGGACCAGUAAACUCUGGACCGACGGAGAAGAAGGCCAAGUCAUCGGCGGCCCAGCCGUCCCCUUACUGUGACUUCUGCCUGGGUGAUGCGAGAGAAAACAAAAAGACGGGCGGCUCGGAGGAAUUGGUCUCUUGCAGCGAUUGCGGCCGCUCAGGGCAUCCAACUUGUUUGCAAUUCACUGCAAACAUGAUCGUUUCUGUUCGCAAGUACAGGUGGCAGUGUAUCGAAUGCAAAUGUUGCUCCAUUUGUGGUACUUCUGACAAUGAUGAUCAGCUGCUGUUCUGUGACGACUGUGAUCGUGGAUACCACAUGUAUUGUCUGUCUCCACCUCUUGCAUCUCCCCCCGAGGGCUCCUGGUCUUGCCGCCUAUGCAUAGCCGAAUUUCAUCGCCGUGAUUAAGUCCGUUUUCGUAGAUAAUUUGAGGAGUUAUCUACCGCAAUGGUGCAGCGUUCGUCUUAGGAGAAUUAGGAGAGUAUUCACCAGCUCACACUUUCCUCGUAUAAUAUCGUACACGACACACACCGGCGGAAUUUCUCGCAGAGAAAAGAAGACCUUCUUCAUCGAUUACUAUUUAUUACGAAAUUUGCAUUGGUCAUCGAUACGUUAAAUUAUGUUAACAAUAAUGAUAAUAAUAAUUAGGAGGAUACGUUUAUAUAGCAUUACUAUAUUAGAUAUCUCAGGCACUGGUGAUCUCAACGAGGUAAAGACGUAAGGAAACAUAUUUAUAAUUUUAUCGAGAUAGGAAUAGGUGUAUAUAGAUAUGUCGUAACUAGGGACGAGAUCGGGUGUAUAUUCCAAGUAGCGUCAAUAUAUCGAUAUAUCUGUGUGUAUAUUUGAGCCUUUCACUGGUAUUUCCAAUUAUAUAACACGUACAAAUACUUGAUAUAUAUACGAAGAGACGGUAAAACAACACUGACGAAUAUAUUUUAUAAAGUUUCGCACAUUGUAUCGAUAUAAUUUGAUAUGUACUUGAUUGUAGCAACUUUCUUGAAGUACGUGAUGUGGGCGCGCGUGUAAAUUUAGGGCUCAGACAUAAUGGAAGGAGGAACACAAGGAAUUAAAUGUAGGGAAUAAGGUACUAGAAAUAAGCUGUAGUUUAAAACACAAGAGAACAAGAUGUAUGUAUAUAAGGACGUUUUAAAACGAGAUCACCACUAUUUUCUGAUAAACUUCCCCGGAGAAUAUUAAAAGACGUCUGAAGGACAUCUCUUUCUUGAAAAUGAUCGAUUCUAACUCUUUUAUUUGUAUAUCGGUUAGAGGGUUAUUUCCGGUCAAAGCCCUAUAAGCACACAAGCUGUAAGACCUCCUAAUCCCAGUUCUCUAUUUCUUUAUUGUGGAUUGAUGCAUAGUUAUCCAUAUGUCGAGAUUUAAUUCCUUGUUCCUCAUUCCUUUCAUUACGUCCACAAUCCUCCUUCGAGUAUUAUUUGACUCGAGCGAAAUAUGAGAUUUGGUUAUCGAAUGGUAUCGAUACACUGAUACACAUAUUGCACUCGGUCUCAUCUCUAGUCGUAACCGACUGUCUACAAAGUUCUGUAAAGCAAGAACACAGAGAUUAAUAAUUUUAAAGACAAAGAGUUCGAUUUACCGACAAAGUUAGACUUCGUACUGAGAAUAAAGUGUAUUUUUUGCUCAUUUUAGUAAUCGACAGCGAUGUCAAGAGUAAACGAACGAUAGAAACAUAGUUAAAGAUCGCUAAAUAGGACAAUACUCUCCUAGUUCUAGACUACUUUUACUCUUAGUCAAUGAUAUUAUUAUUAUUACAAAUAUUGAUUUCUUUCUUUAUGGUUGCUUAAAUUUAAAAAAGAAAGUUUGGCGAUCUCGAGUUUAUUUUUCACACUAACUCUCUUAGCUCCUCGCUAUCGGCUUGGCUCGUCAGUCAAGUCUCGUAGAGAAA